AUGCCAGCCCACACCCGCCUCCCAACCUAUUUCAUCGGCCAUGGCGGCGUCUCAAUCCUCUUCAAGCCCGGCUACGGCCCUGUCCAAGACGAACUCCGCCAAAUCGGCCGGGAAAUCCACGGCCUCAAUCCCGAAGCCAUCGUUGUAAUCAGCGGACACCACCAGAGCGAGAAAUCCGGGGUGGUAGAAGUCAACCUCAAAGAACCCACCAAGGUCUGGCACGACCUCGGCCCCAGCUGGAAAAAUACUUAUCCGCACGUCUUCGAGUACGAGUACCCGCACCAAUCAUCGCGCGCGUUAGGUGAGCAGGUCUUGCAGCACCUGCAGGAUCAUGGGAUUCGUGCCGCGAGGGUGAAGCGGGAUUUGGACCAUGGGGUCUGGGUCCCCUUCAAACUCAUGUUUCCCGAAGGCAGUCCAGAGGAAUUGGUCGACGUGCCCAUUCUCCAAGUCUCUUCGUUUGCAGGGGAUGAUUACGCGGCGCAUGUAGAGUUGGGGCGGGCAUUGGCGAGACUCCCCGGUCGCAUCCUCAUCGUCGGCUCCGGGAUGCUAUGUCACAACCUUAGAGCCACCCGCGAAAGCACCGACCUGACAGUCGUCAAAGCUAUAGAAACAGCGGCGCUGCAGAUUCUGGAGACAACACCGCAAACGACACAAGGCUUGACAGAGGCAUUCUUGCGGUUGCCGCAACGGUCGGAUUGGCCGCUCGCACAUCCGACAGUGGAGCAUGUCUUGCCGCUGUAUGUGACAUUGGGAGCUGCAGAGGAGAUUGAAUCUGUAGAAGGGAAGGAGGAACUCGAAACCAAAGAGGUGGAAACGUGGAAUCGGAAUCAGUAUAUUGUCGGUCAAUCGUAUCUGUCAUUCCGGCUGGGCCGGGCUUCAACUUAG